UCCGGCCGGGCGUCCAACUCUUCUUACUGACCGGCGCAUCUGCGACUCCGAUUCUUCUCAAAGCGGGGUGAAACUGCGAUUGCACUGGUAGUGCACUGUAUAUAUUCAAUUCGAGUCGGAGGAAUGCAUCGCCUCCUCUUCCGCCCUCGUUUCUUUUCUCCGACUCGCGAGGUCGUUUGAGACGAGUCGUCUCAGACGCACCGGCCGAGUUCACCGUUUCCGGGUUUUCACUGGUCUCAGCAGUUCAAAAUAAAGCAAAGCAUAAUUGCGCUUCCGUCCGUCUUUCUGUCAAUACAUGCUCUCGUCUGCCUUAGAGUUCGAUAAAUCAUAUAAGCUUUGCUUACUUGCAUUCUCUGACGUGAAGUCAGAAGCCACCAUCCGGAAGGACGAUGCAUUUUCCCCUCGCCGUGGUAGCCUUGUUCUGGGCUGGCGUUUCUUACAUCAUUUACCAGGUUGUUACUGGCUACCUGAUCGCUCGACAUAACGCAGCUAGAGCUCGCGAACUCAAAUGCGAAGCUCCUCCUGCUCAGAAGAACCGCUGGCCCUUUGGUAUCGACCAGAUCGUUCGUGCUAUCAAAGCAGACAAGGCACAACGCUUUCCGGUCGACUUCAUUAAGAGAGCAGAGGAUGUUGGAGCCAUUACAUAUAGCUGGAAUCUAUUUGGAAGCGAGAAUUUCCAGACUGCCGAUGAGAAGAAUAUCCAGGCCAUCUUAGCAACGCAAUUUGACGAUUUCGACCUGGGUCCCUUCCGUAGGGGCCUGUUUUGGCCGCUGCUCGGAAAUGGUAUCUUCACGCAGGAUGGCGCUGGCUGGGAGCAUUCAAGAACCAUGAUGCGUCCUCAAUUUGUUAGAGAGCAAGUCAGCGAUUUGGGUCUGGAAGAGAUCCAUGUUCAGAACAUGAUGAGAGCCUUGGACCUUCAUCUAGGAUCAGACAAGUGGACCGACUGUGUCGACCUCCAAGAGCUAUUCUUCCGUUUGACACUCGACUCUGCAACCGAAUUUCUGUUUGGGGAAUCAGUCGAUUCACAGAUACAACUCAUACCCGGAAGCAAAGUCAAGAAGGAUAAAGACGGGUUGCAGUCUUUUGAUUUUGCCUCUGCUUUCGACAAAGGCCAGAUGGCAAUAGCGACGAGAGCUCGCUUUGGCAACUUAUACUGGCUUGUCAACCCGAAGGGCUUCAAAGAGGCUUGCAAAGCAUGCCAUGAUUUCAUUGACCACUUCGUUCGGCUAGCAUUGUCUCAGGAUCUUCGCGAAAAGGAACUCGAAAAGGGCGGAAAAGAUAAAUAUGUCUUCCUUGAAGCACUGGCGGCUGAGACACAGGAUCCGAUCGAAUUACGUUCUCAACUUCUUCAUAUCCUUCUCGCCGGUCGCGAUACAACGGCUUCGCUCCUGGGUUGGCUGUUUUUGUGUCUGUCCAAAGAUUCAACCCGCUAUCAGAAGCUUCGGAACAUUUGUCUAGAAGAGUUUGGAACUUACGACAAGCCAAAGGCCAUUACAUUUUCAAAGCUCAAAUCUUGCCAGUACUUGCAACAUUGCAACAACGAAGCUCUUCGUCUCUACCCUGUCGUGCCUAUCAACGGUAGAUUCGCCAAUAAAGAUACUACCUUGCCCCGAGGUGGCGGAAAGGAUGGCCAGUCCAAGAUCUUCGUCCCCGCUGGCUCCUCUGUCGAUUACUCAGUCCACGUUCUGCAUCACAGAAAGGAUAUAUGGGGACCGGAUGCCGAAGAUUUCAGACCUGAGAGAUGGGAGAAUCGAAAAGUUGGUUGGGAAUUUGUUCCAUUUAACGGUGGUCCUCGCAUCUGUAUAGGACAACAAUUCGCCCUGACCGAGGCCAGCUACGUAACAGUGAGAUUGUUGCAGAGAUUUGACAAGAUGGAAUCCAUGGAGACGGACCCAAUUGUCCGACACAAUUUGACACUCACAAACUGUAGUGGAAAUGGCGUAAAGGUUAGGGCACAUGCGGUGCGAAGUGGAUCUUGGGAUUAUUAAGGUUGUCUGCGAGCGCGGAUGUCUGGUAUGACAAGCAGGGAUUGUGCCCGAGUCAAGACUGUGCCACAGAAGUUGUGAUCCAACCGGAAUGUAUAACAUCCACUCCAUGAUCCUGGCUCAGAUAGUCUCCAAAAAC